CCCGCCCCUUCCGGCCCAAUCGCACGCGGCGAUUGGGGUUUCGAGCGAGGGUUUUGGCAAGGAAGGCGGCCAAUCGGGGGAGGGGAAAUAAUCGGGCUCCGGGUCCUCCUCCUCCUCCUGCCCUGGUCCCGCCCCUUUCCUUCUCGCCUCAUCCCCCGUUACCUUGGAACCUGCUGUAAAUAUCCCGGGACGCGCGAGAUGGUGGCGGCGGCGCGGCCCCUUUAAGCUGAGCCUCGGCAACCGUCCGGCUCGUGCAAGGGGGUCGAGGAGGCAGGUAAAGCCGGGGCGGGCCGAGGGGCGGGAGGGGGCUGGCUGCGCCUGUUGCUCUUCGGAUAUAUUAUUACUCCCCUUCUUCUCCUCCUCCUCCUCCUAACUCCGAGUGUUGUCAAAAGGCAGCAGUGCAACAACAACAACAAAAGCAACAACGCAAAAAAUCCCUAUAAAACACCUACCUCCCUCUCUUCCUCUUUUGCCAAAUGUUUCCCAAAGGCUUAAAGCACCUUAGUGCGAGUGGGCGCGAAAUAAAUCUUUUUGCAGUAGAUGAAAGCAAAGGUUUCUGACUCAAUUACACAGAAAGAGAGAGAGAGUAUAUAUACUGCCUGGAUUAGGCUGCAAAAAUGAAGAAGAAAAGCUAAAAAGCAAGCCAUAAGUCUUAACUCAAGUGCAAAUUCUGGUGCUGAAAACUCACCCCAUGACUCCUAACAUGCUCAUAGGCACCCUGCUCUUUGAAUUCCAAGCUGCAGGUCGUUGAUCUCUGGCUGGUAAAGCCUGAGGUCCUGGUAAAAAAAAUAAAAAUACAAAGUGUAGAACCAACAAGCCUGAGGACAACACACGUCUGCCCCCAGAACUUAACAGGUUUGUUGUAGUAUAUGUGCUUUCACAAACUAUCAGAUGUGGGAUGAAGACAAAUAAAUAUUUGGAAGUGCAUCUGGUGAAGUGGGUGCCAGUCCUUAUUUCCAUAGUAAAGUUUGCUGGUCCUUAGGGUGCCUCUUUGUUUGCUGCCACAAACCAACACCUCCAUCCCCUUUGGGAACUUGGAGAUCUGUGGAUAGUAUUUUCAUUUAAUGAAGCAGGACUUCCUUCAUAAGUAGACAUGCAUAGAAUUGCACUGUUUAUUUCUGAUCUUGCAUAUAUUAGGGCUGGGGGUUGAAUCUCUUGUGUUUCAUGGCCUCCUGUUCUCCACGUUUGCAACUCUUUUAUCUCUAUGUGUGUAUAUCCGCACAAGCCAACUGAGCAUAUAACACUUAAUGCUUGGGCAGUGUUCACAAAAUCCUAUUUCUAGCUUAUGAAAAUUUUCACCGCAAUAACAGUGCAGUACUAUGCAUGUUUAUUCAGACGUAAUUCCCACUGUGUUCAAUAGGCAUUACUCCCUUGUAAGUGCAUUUAAGAUUUUCAGGGGAAGACUGUUAGUUUUUAAGAUAGCCUAAAAUGCUUGGCUGUUUUCAUUUAAUCUCUGAACGUAAAACCUUUCUACCCCUGCCCACUCCACCCCCACCAUUCCAAAACUAGAAGCUGUGGUAAACAAAACCUGCCUGUUUUCAUAACUCUUUUUUUACUUUGUGGACAGGUCAAUUAGGUACACCCGGUUCAGUACUCCAGAAUACAUAGAAGCUGUACAUUUUUGCCGGCACAGUUAUUUGAGGUCUGGUUACUUGUACUAUUUUUUAUAUUCAGAAAAUAAUAGAGAGAAGAUGUGUUAACCAUUCAUAGGCAGACAUUUAUGGCACCUGUGCUGCAAUCCAAGCACAUAUGCUAAGGAGGAAGGCCAACUGAACACAGUGGCACAUAAUUCCAAGUAAACAUGGAUUGGAUUCACUGGUAUUGAUGUAAGGAAUUGUGCAUUUAGAUACUGCUAUUUCAGAACUUUCUUGCUGAAGCAUGUAACUAGAUUCACAACUGUGGAUUCUUUAUAUUGUUGACCAUGAUGCCAUGAAUCCCUUGUUUAUUUACCAUAAAGCAACGUAUCUUCUUCUGUCAAAUACUGUCAGAUACUGGCCUGUAUGUAUACAUAUGUUGCAGAAUACUAAAAUACUUGUCAAACGUUAAAAAAUAGAUACAUAGAAUAAACAUAAAAUGAAACAAAAAGUUUUCAAGCAUGUUCACCCAACAACAAUAAUAAAAAGGACAAAUCCUAUCUCACCUUUGGCCCUCCAGAUGUCAGUGGGCUACAGUUCCUAUUGUCCUUCACUGUUGGCUGUGUUGGCUGGGGUUCAUGGAAGGUGGAGUCGGGCAGCAUCUGGAGGGCUGCUGGCUCCCCACCCAAAUUAUUCCAGGAAAACACGGUCUUGUUCCCAGCUUGCAUUCACCAGUGAGCUUUCUUCCAUUAUUUUUGUAUGUGAGGUGUUUCUGCUUUGGUCACUCAUAUGCGCUCGCUGCCAUUAGUGACUAUUCGAUGUGAUGAAAUAAUUCUGCACCUCACUGCAAGAAUUCUUUGUAAUCCCUUGCUGUGCCAUUCGUCCAAUCCUCAUACUGUUAAGCCAAGUUGAAGCCCCACUGAAAUGCAGUGGUACCUCAGGUUACAUACGCUUCAGGUUACAGACUCCGCUAACCCAGAAAUAUUACUUCAGAAUAAGAACUUUGCUUCAUGAUGAGAACAGAAAUCGUGCUCCGGCGGCACAAGGCCCCAUUAGCGAAAGUGGUGCUUCAGGUUAAGAACAGUUUCAGGUUAAGAACGGACCUCCGGAACGAAUUAAGUACUUAACCCGAGGUACCACUGUAAAUGGAGUUUGCAUUGGAGUAACAGUCUGAGAAUUACAGUGUUACAUCCGAAAUCCUCAGCUGGGGAGGAGGCAUUGAUUUUUGAUGGGUCAGAAUUGCAGGCUGAGGCUGUGAUUCUAAGCAUACUUGUUAAGAAAUAAGUUCAAUUGAAUGUAGUGGGAAUUACUUUCAAGUAAACAGAGUAAAGCUACAAGUCAGCUUUGUUCAUCAUUGACAUCCUGUACUGCAACAUCCUUAAGGAAGAGACUUGGAGUGCCUCAUGUUCUCUGUACCUGUGAACAUGCAUUAGAAAAUGAAACCUAUGAGGAAAAUGGAGAUAUUAGUUUAAUAAGGCCAAAAAUAGCCCUUCGUGGCUUUUAUUAACUAUAUUGUACUGUUGUUACUUCUAUAGACUUAAUUUCAGUACAUGCAUAUUACUUGCAAGUAAGUCUGUAAAUGACUGGAAUUUUGAACAAUGUUAUCGAAAUUGCCAAGGAAAUGCAGAUAACCUUGAGGAUUUAACUUGCGUGUGCUGAAAUUAAAAUGACUUCAUAAUUAAAUGAAAGUGUUCCAUGAUAGUUAAAGGCAAUGGACCAAGAAGUUUCUUAAUUAUAAAAGUCCUCAUACUUGCUGAAGUAACUCAAAUUUCAAAGCAAUUCAUUAGCCUCUAAAAUGAACAGUACUUCUUUAGGAUGAUGAAAUUGCUUACAAGUUGGCAGGGUACCAAGCUGGGCAAAACUUGGCAGAUAAUAUUCUGGAUUUUAAACGGAAAAUAAACCUGUUCCUAAUUUAUAAAAUCCACAAUUGUAUUGAGUUGGCAAGGACCCUCAAAGACCCUUUUACUGAUUUGACCAUUUACACUCGUAAAUCUGCCUAUAACGCCACAGUUGUGUAACAGCAGUGUUUGUUUUGUUAUGUGUUGCUGUUGGUUUUGGAUUCUCUGCUCCUGUUUGUUCUGCAGUGCUCUUAAGCCUUAGGACUAGAAGGAUACUUUGACAAAAUAUCACUUGGACUACUUUGUUAAUAACUUCUCUUGAGACUAAUUUCCUUGAUGUUAUAUUUUUCUGUAUGUUUCCCUUUGAAAAAAUGUAGCAAAAAUAGCAAAGUUAUGUGGGAGCACAGCAGUGGAUUGGAAAUAUGUAUUUUCAUCAUAGCAUUUUCUGUCAGCUGUAAGAUUCUGACAGCUGGUGAUUUUCUUUUUAACAUUUAAUUCUCGGUUCAGUUUAAUUUCCACAUUGGCCAUAUAUGGUGUGUUUGUAUGUAUACAUGUACAAAUACAUAUACAGUCAUCAGGGUAGCCAAAGUAGAAUAAUAUGUCUGAUCAAAUAGUUCAGUAGGAAAAUAUGCAUAUAUUAAAUGCCCCCCAAUAUCAAUCACUUUCUUUUCUACCUUUUGCAUCUUGAUUGCAUCUUGAUUUAGUCUUUCAGUUACACAGAUCUUGCUGCCAGCAUAAUUUUCAAGCUAAAGAUUGCAUUUGUGACCCCACCCCCAAAUUAAAAUCAAUCACAAGCUUAAGUAAUAAGGAGAAUGGGGAAAUGCAAGAUUGUCCUAGUACUAUUGAAAACCUUUCCUUAGCUAUCAGAAUAUUGUCAUCUAUAUCUUUGUUUCCAAAGGCUUCUCCAGUCACAGGUGACAUUUUAUUUAUUUAUUUUUUGUUUCAUUGAUGCUACAUUUAAUGGUUCUUAUUAUUUUAAUCAUUUUCCGCCCUUUGAGUAUGUUAAUGUUGGGGAAAAUACUAAUCAAUGUGUUUGAACUAAGAAGAGUACUUUUAAAUUUGCUUGGAGAUACUCAUUGCCUAUUUCUGUAGCCUCUCAAACUGCAUUAGAAAAUUCAGUUUAAUUCAUUAUAAUCUUACCAUAUCAGCUGAACAAGGCAUACUGUAUUUAUAUAUAGGAGUGUGGAUAUUCAUCUAAUUAGAUUAAAAUGUGUUUCUCAUAUUGGAAAAAAUGCUUCUUUUCAAUGAAAACACCAAUAACGUAUUAAAACUAAAAUCUCUGCCUAUUCUUUUCUGCAUAAUAUACUCACUGAGAAGGACAUUCUAGUUUCUACCACUUUGUUUUCCCUAAUAAGUGUUUCUUACCAAAAUUCCACUGAAAAAGCACAGAGGUUGGACUAAUCAAACUACAUAUUCUGGAGUAGUUCCAAGAACUUCAGUGGGAUUUUAGUGAUUAAAUGGUUUCUGGAUCACAGCCAGAAUGUGUGGGAGGCUAGAAAGGUGACUCCUGCAGUUACAGGCUAGGGUCAUGUGUAGCAUGAGAUGGUUCACAUCUGUGGAAAUGAAUGGAACGCUAGUUAAGGAGUUCAUAACAAUAGGAACUUUGAAUCCUCUUGCCCUAGGGAAUGAAAAUAAGCCCUUGAGGGUGAGUGACCCAGGAGCCACGUGGGAGAUCCUACUUCUAUCCAAAGGAAUAAAGUUAUGAAGAGAAAAGGAUUCAUAAAGUUAUAGGUUCAGACAGCUGUAAGUAUUUUGAGGUUGAUUUCAUUAGAAGACUCAGUGAAAUUUUGUAGAAUGGUUACUAAAAUCAUUAAUAGGCUAGAGUUCCUUUCCUACAAACUUCUGAAUCAUUUUGUUCAAAUGACAAAGUUUUUAAAUAAGAUCUUGAACAAUAUAGAGACAUUUUUUUAUCAUCAUCAUCAUUGUACCCCACCCAUCUGACUGGGUUGCCCCAGGCACUCUGAGUGGCUUCCAGCAUAUACAAAAACAUAAUGAAACAUUAAACAUUAAAAAGCUUCCCUAUACAGGGCUGCCUUCAGAUGUCUUCUUUUUUUUUUUUAAAUAAUAUUUAUUAAAGUUUCAAAAGAAGAAAAAUCACAUUAAUAAAAGAAUUAACAAUAAAAAAGAAAAAUACAAGGUAGAAAAAAGAAAAAAACAGUUAAAAACAAUUCCAUCUUUUCAUCACUUCUUUUACAUUUACUUAUUUCCUGGACCUCCUCAUACCUCCCUCUUUUGUGUUCCAAUUCAAUUUGUUAAUCCAACAAUUCCUUUCCCUCCUUUUUAAUCCUAAUCUUUAAUCUUGAUAUAUUAUAAUUUUAAAUUUUUACAUAUUAAGAACCAAUUUUUCCAUAUUCUUUUGUACCUAUACAGCUGGAAACCACUUAGCUUCAAUCCAACAUCAUUCUAACAUUCAUUAAUUUUGCAAUAUUUCUGUAAAUAGUCUUUAAAUUUCUUCCAAUCUUCUUCCACCGACUCCUCUCCCUGGUCACGGAUUCUGCCAGUCAUUUCCGCCAAUUCCAUAUAGUCCAUCAGUUUCAUCUGCCAUUCCUCCAGUGUGGGUAAGUCUUGUGUCUUCCAAUGCUUUGCUAUAAGUAUUCUUGCUGCUGUUGUAGCAUACAUAAAGAAAGUUCUGUCCUUUUUUGACACCGAUUGGCCGACUAUGCCCAGGAGAAAGGCCUCUGGUUUCUUCAAGAAGGUAUAUUUAAAUACCUUUUUUUAGUUCAUUAUAUAUCAUCUCCCAGAAAGCCUUAAUCUUUGGGCACGUCCACCAAAGGUGAAAAAAUGUACCUUCAGUUUCUUUACAUUUCCAACAUUUAUUGUCAGGCACAUGAUAGAUUUUUGCAAGCUUGACUGGGGUUAUGUACCACCUGUAUAUCAUUUUCAUAAUAUUUUCUCUUAAGGCAUUACAUGCCGUAAAUUUCAUACCUGUGGUCCACACCUGUUCCCAGUCAGCCAUCAUUAUGUUAUGUCCAACAUCUUGUGCCCAUUUAAUCAUAGCAGAUUUCACCGUUUCAUCCUGAGUAUUCCAUUUCAACAGCAAGUUAUACAUCUUUGACAAAGUUUUAGUUUUGGGUUCUAACAAUUCUGUUUCUAAUUUUGAUUUUUCCACCUGGAAGCCGAUUUUCUUGUCCAAAUUGUAUGCCUCCAUUAUCUGAUAAUAAUGAAGCCAGUCUCGCACUUUGUUUUUUAGUUUUUCAAAACUGCAGUUUCAAUCUAUCUCCAUCUUGUUCCAAAAUUUCCCAAUAUUUCGGCCAUUUGACCUCCAUAUUGAGCUUUUUCAAGGCUUUCGCUUCCAUCGGUGACAGCCACCUUGGGGUUUUAUUUUCCAAUAAAUCCUUAUAACUUAUCCAAACAUUAAACAAUGCUUUCCUGACAAUAUGGUUUUUAAAUGCUUUAUGUGCUUUGACCUUAUCGUACCACAGAUAUGCAUGCCAUCCAAAUACAUUGUUAAAACCUUCCAAAUCCAAAAUGUCAGUGUUUUCAAGAAGCAGCCAUUCUUUCAACCAGCAAAAAGCUGCUGAUUCAUAAUAAAGUUUGAGGUCUGGCAGGGCAAAUCCACCUCUUUCCUUUGCAUCUGUUAGUAUUUUAAAUUUUAUUCUGGGCUUCUUGCCCUGCCAGACAAAUCUAGAAAUAUCUCUCUGCCACCUCUUGAAACAGUCCAUUUUGUCCACAAUUUGCAAUGUUUGAAACAAAAACAACAUUCUAGGCAAUACAUUCAUUUUAACCGCAGCAAUACGGCCCAGCAGUGAAAGCUUCAAAUUUGACCAAAUUCCUAGAUCUUUUUUCACUUCAGCCCAACAUUUUUCAUAAUUAUCUCAGAUGUCUUCUAAAGGCUGUACAGUCUAGGUACUUACCUCCUUGACAUCUGAUGGGAGGGCAUUCUACAGGCCCCACAGGAAUUUAGGGCUGAAUCAAGUUGGUGGAUGAAGUAGAAGAUUUUGAAUUUGGGAGGGUUAAUUUGUUUUUUAAAUUUUGUGUUCUUUUGUUGUUGUAAGCCACUUUGAGACCUACAUGGUGAAAAGCAAGGUAGAUUUUUUAAAAAAAAUAAUGCAUGGACAUAGGAAGCUGCUUAUAAUGAAUCAACCCCCUGCUCCAUUUCUUCAGAGUUUAACACCUGAGCCUACCCUGGGAAAUAAUUAUUUCACAUAACGUUCUGGUCCACAUGGCACAUUAAACUAUAGUUAAUGUUUAACUACGGCCUAACGUGAAGGAGCAGAAUGCUGAUGCACACUGUACCAAAGUUCCCACUUUGCUCCUCCUCUUCCUCACCAUGUUGUCCUGGGAGCUGCAUCCCACAAGCCUGAUGAUGCCCAAACCCAGGCUCCUGGUGCUUUCCAUGAUCUUAGGCAGCUUUUUAAAUGUAUUAGACAAGUUUAGGAGAAAUCAGGUGACAGCUGUUAGCCACAAUAGCUAAAUGAAGCCUCCAUAUGUUGGAAACACGCCUGGGAAGACCUCCAGCUUCCCAAGACUCCAGGGCAUCUCUCCGGUGGUCACACUCUGGCUAUAAAUCUCCCUCAGUCCAGAGAGACCGGUGAUAAGUGACCCCUCCCUCCUGAGAGGAGCACACUCAUCUUCUGGCAUCUCAUAGCAGAAGAAAGAGUCAAUCAGUAGCUCUAGUGUGGUGAGAGAGCCAAUGUGGUAUAGUGGUUAAGAGCGGUAGACUCGUAAUCUGGUGAACCGGGUUCGUGUCUCCGCUCCUCCACAUGCAGCUACUGGGUGACUUUGGGCUAGUCACACUUCUUUGAAGUCUCUCAGCCCCACUCACCUCAGAGUGUUUGUUGUGGGGGAGGAAGGGAAAGGAGAAUGUUAGCCGCUUUGAGACUCCUUCGGGUACUGAUAAAGCGGGAUAUCAAAUCCAAACUCCUCCUCCUCCUCCUCUUCUUGUCCUUUAAACUACUUUAUUUUACAGUCUAUAUACAGAGAAUCCUUUAGCACGUCUGUGCUCUUUGAGCACCAGAACAGAACAGAAAAAACACUUUCAGAAGUGAAACUAACUUCCAACAGUACAGUGGAACCUCGGGUUACAUAUGCUUCAGGUUACAUACGCUUCAGGUUACAGACUCCGCUAACCCAGAAAUAGCACCUCGGGUUAAGACCUUUGCUUCAGGAUGAGAACAGAAAUCGUGCUCCGGCGGCACAGCGGCAGCAGGAGGACCCAUUAGCUAAAGUGGUGCUUCAGGUUAAGAACAGUUUCAGGUUAAGAACGGACCUCCAGAAUGAAUUACGUUCUUAACCCGAGGUACCACUGUACUCCAACAGUACUCAGACUUCCUGUCUCACACUCUCUCAGAUACUCACAUGAUAUACACAAACAUAGUGCCACUGCUGGAGCUGCACGGAUGGAUAAAAAUCCUAACACCAUAUUCCAAGGUGCCAUACACUGAUAACAUACAGGACAAAACCAUCACCUGCAGGCCUGGCUUGUGAUCUCUCUACAGAUCACCGGCAAUUGUAAGAAACAAAUGCUUGAUUUCAACCAGGUCUGGGGAACCUGUGGCCCUCCUGCUGCUGCUGGACUGGGGGUAGAUGGGAAUUGUAGUCCAGCAACGUAUAGCAAGGUCCCAGCCCUGGUCUAUAUUCACCUUUUGUUGUUGUUGAUAGGUUUGCUAUUAUAAUGGUAGGGAAAGUAUUCAAAAUAUAAAAAUAUCUGAUUACCACAAUCUUAAAUAGUAGCUUAUGUAGAGCUUGAAAAUGUUUGAUUAUUCUGAAAUCAAACCACCGUACUUUCAAUUUUUAUAAAAUAAUGGUUGAUGAACAGAUGGGUUCUUCUGCUCUGGUUUCCUUGUUUGUUUCCUUGUUUAUUUAAACAAUCCAGAUACCAUACCUUUUAAAUUAUUUUGUUUUCAAGUGAUGUAAUGCACUACUUCAAACACUUUUUAAUUUUUUUUUGUCUCCUCUGCCAUGUUACCAAGAAUGUCAAAAGUGUACAUAUUUGACAGCAGCUUUUAAUGAACAAGCCAAAACUGCACUUCUCUGAUACACACAUACACUAAUUUCAGUGUUGGAUGCAGAAAUAGCUAGCUACUUUUUUGCAAAUUAUUUUAUCUGUUAUAAAUAUGUGUUUGUGGCAGGUGGGUUGUUGUUUUGUUGCUUUUGUUUUAACUAUGUAUUUGUGCUUUUACCUUGUAUUUUUAUCUUGUGAACCACCCUGAGAUCUUACGAUGAAGGGCAGUAUUUAAUUCUAAUAAAUAAAUAAAUUAAAAAUAAUUUAUAAAAAGUUACAAAAUGAAACGCUAAAUCACUUCCAUUCCCCUCUCUGAAUUCAGAAACAAACAUACAUUCUGAACAAAACUACUGACUGCCAAAGGGAGAGGCGGCAACCCUCCUUCUGAAUGUAGGGUAAUGAUGAAUUGGCAAGCAGCCAGCCAGCACUUCCACUGUGACUCUGUGAGCCGUCCUCUGGCAAGAUGAAUAUUCCUUGAGGAAAGGUCUUGAACAUUAUUUUUAUUUAGAAUGGGGGAGAGAGGAAGGAGUCUCGAUUCUGGACCCAACAGAAAAUCAGACAGUGAUAAAAGCAGUAACUCUUACUAUUCUGACGACGAGUCAUCUCACAGCUCUGACCAUUCACCAACGAUAAGCACUCAGUCUACAAACGCUGGAGAAAAAAGCAGCAAAUCACAGACUUUGAAAAGCCUCGCACAUUACCAAGGUAAGUGGUAGGUAAAAUACAAUUUCUAAGCUAAACUGCAAUCCUAAACAUAUGCGAAAGUAAAAUAAGUUUUGCUGCACCUUUCCUUCUUGUGUAAGCAUAGAAAUUAUAUAUAUGACUGUAGGUCAAACAGUGCUCUAUUAUUUAUAGUCUAUUUUUUAUAUUAUAGUUUUAUAAAAAGUUGUUUUUAUUUUUAAUAAGAAUGAAAAAGAAAAGAGUUUUCUGUCAGUGGGGGGGAUUCUGUAGUUCCACAACUUCUAAAUGAGCAAUUGAAACCUAAUUCUUCCCUUAUUUUGCUGAGGCAUUUGCUCAAAAGACUGACCCACUUGCUUCGCAGAGCUGUUCUGGCACCGUUCUCCUUCCUUUCCACUACACAGUUUUUGGUCUGACUUGCUCAGUUGUUGUGCUCUCUUGAGCAGCCAGCCUCUGACUGUGGCUGUGUAGAAUCCAUUUGGUGCUUCUCUGCUGUUGGAAGGUAUCUGACGGGAGAACCGAGAGGGAGGCAAUUUUUGGCGAUUCCCUUCUCCCCUGCAAUCCAACCCCGCUCGCCCAAUAUCUUCUCUAGAAAGUUGGAGGACUUUGGAGCAGAUUUGGGGAGCUAAGUGCCGGGGGGGGGGGCUGGACGAAUCUCUGAAAACUGCCUCCUUCACCCUCCAUCAGUAGAGGCACAACAGUAGGAUAUUACCAUAUUACCCACUCUUGAGGUGAUUUGCUGGGAUCAAAACACCUUUAAAAUAGAUCUCCAGAAGUAAUAUUCAAAGUUUGCUAAACCAGUUUUGCUAUACAGCUAUCCUUUUCUCUGGAAAUAGAGCUGAAAUUAUGUGUUUAAUGUCUUAGAAGUGGUACAGAACUUUUGUUGCCUGUUACUAAGGGACAUGCCUAUAACAUGCCUGCAAGGAGAGCUCUUGUGUGUCUUAGAAGUAUGGCAGUGGGUUGUUGAUUUUCAUUGUAACACCAACAUCAUCUUUUGUUGCAGGCACUAAGCAAAUUGCCUCUAAAUAUGCGCCCAGCAAAAGAGGGAUCCGCUGGGGGUUUCGCUCCCAGAGCCUCAACAGGGAGUCUCCUGCCAAAGAUAUUAGCCUAGUUACAAAAAGAGUUCUUUCUGCCAGGUUGCUGAAAAUCAACGAGCUCCGUAAUGAGCUGACGGAACUGCAUGUCAAGCUCGAUGAGCUUCAGAAAGAGAACAGGGCGCUCAAGCGUCUUCAGUACAGGCACGAGAAAGCCCUGCAUAAGUUUGAGGACACCGAAAACGAAAUCUCUCAGCUCCUGGCACGGCACAGUGACGAGAUGAGGAUACUGAGGGAGCGCUUGAGACGAUCUCAAGAAAGAGAACAAACGACGGAGCGGAAACUCCGGGCUUCGGAGGAGGAGCUGUACAAGGCCAAAAGCAACUUGCAAAAAUUGAGAAGGCUUGCUGAAGACAGGCACCUCCCGGAACGCGAUGAGCUGGCUAAGAAGCUGGCUUUAGCAGAAAACAGGCUGGAUGACACUGAGAAGAGAAUUAAGGUAGGGGACAGGAGACGACGACACUCAAACGACUUCUUAUCAUUCUUAAUAAAUUUCUCAUUGUAUAGGAUUGCUUAUAUAGAAAUAGCCAAGCCGUUGUUGGCAAAAGUAUAGCAGGGAGUGGGGAAAAGAAAUGCAAUGUAGAAAUACUGUAUAUACCCGAGUAUAAGCCGAGGCACCUAAUUUUACCACAAAAAAAUUGGGAAAACUUGUUGACUCGAGUAUAAGCUGGUUCACCACACCACAAACCUCUCCCUGCCCAGCCCCUCCUGUCCCCCUGCCUUCCUAGGGUGCUGCUGAGAGGCAGAGGCUGGUGGCGGCAGCGGCGGAGGAAGAACAAGCAGCCCGAAAGGGCUCCUUUUGGGCUGCUUGUUCCUCCUCCUCCACCUUUGCCACUGUCGGAAAUGCGCUUAGGUGGAACCCUCACUCGAGUAUAAGCCAAGGGGGGCUUUUUCAACAUAAAAAUGUGCUGAAAAAGUCGGCUUAUAUACAUGAGUAUAUAUGGUAAAUAUAGUAAAUGCUAAUUUCACCAAUAAUUAUGCUCCACCAAUCAUUAAUGCUGUUGUUAUUCACAACAUCUUGAAAUCUCAACGACUGCAUUCCUAUAUGUACUUACCUGGGAAUAAUAUUCCGGUGUAUUCAGUGGGAUUUACUUCUAAAUAUAAAUCAAUAAAGUAAGUAAGUAGGUAUGUAUAGGACUGCAUAAUAGAUAAAGGGAACCUCUUUAUCCAUCUUUCCAUUUUAUUUACUGGGUUGGAUCGUAAGAUCCUGUGAGCAGAGCUCCCCUCAUGCUGUGACUCACCCAUUGCUUGCUACUAGAAGACAGAGAGGCAUUUUUUUUUUGCCAGUUGUCCAUCUCCCCCAUCCUUGUGUCCUCUUGCCCCCCCCCCCAAAAAAAACUUUCUCUGGGUUUGGAGUCCUCUGGAACACCAUGAAGGAUGGGCAGCUGGCUAAAAUUGCCUCCCCACCUUCCCUCUGUAGAUCCCUCUACUGAAUCAAAGGUCCCUUCCAUUCAUGAAAGUGCCCCUUCGAUGAACAGAAUGGCACCUUUGGAUCUGACCUUAGUUGUUGAAUUAAAGAUUUAAACAAAGUAUAAUUUUACAAAAGCUUAAUUAAUGGGAUGAACAAAGUCUUUGAAGAUAUGUUGGUUUCCUGCUGCUGCUUUUUAUGAAGCUGUUUAUGAUGAUGAUUAAAUUACUGUUGAUAGUUUGUUUCAUUUCAUUGUCAGGAUUUUUUCCCUUUUGUUCUAUAUUUUUAUGCAUAAGCUGCCUUGAGUUUGAUUUUUCUCAUAGGAAAGCAGGAUGAAAAUGUCGAGAUAAAUAAAAUAUAAGUAAAAUGAAAUAACAUACCAAUUUGUAAAAUAAGUAGGCAAGAUUCCUUGCACCACCAUGAAGAUUGGUGUUGAGGAAGGUCCUGUGCCCAAGGGUUGACAACCAAGAACCUGUCACAGUGGCACCCCUCUCUCGUUAAAUAAUUAUUUCAUGUUGUCCAAGUUUGGAAAAUUAACAGACAUUUGGAGAAAUUGAUAUUUCUGAUAUAUUCAAUCGUAGGACUUGGAGAAGAACCUUGACCUCAGUAAUAGUAGUUUCCAAAGACAGUUGCAUUCUGAGAAAAAGAAAUUAUGUGAUGCCCAAGAAGAAAAUAAAGUUCUCCAAGAGGAAGUCCAACGGCUAGGUCAAAAAUUAAAGGUAAAAACUGCAACUUUUCUUGAAUAGAACAGCCUUAGCACAUGAUUUUCCAGGACCAAGAUAGACCCACUGGUGGCCCAGGAGUUGCAUCGGGACUGCACCAUGGUAGUAUUUUGAGCUUUAACCAAAUGGAUGGCAUGGUUAUGCAUUUGAAUAAUGUGAUAUAUAUUCCAAAACACCCCACAGCACAGAAUAUGCCUGUACAGGCGAAGUUAGUUUUUUCAAGGACUCCACAGUAAUGGCAGUCUAAAUGAGCUGCAGUUGGUUGUAGUGAAUCUGCCUGGGCACUCCAGUGGGUGUCGGACACAGACUGGGGACUACAGCUAAAGAGAUUAUAAAGUUGCUGUACUGUGCUAAAAAGAAAAAGUCACUGCUUCGGAGCAUUGCUCAGCAGCAUGCAUUCUACCCAAGCACAUGGAGAAAAGCUAUUCCACAGAAGUGUUUGUGUGUCAUUAUGCACCCUGCUCAUGUGACUUCCAUUGUCAUAACUGUGACUGCAGCAUUCAUGAACAGGAUUUGAGUGUUUCUCAAGUGUUGAGUGAAUAAGUUUGCAGUGGCAACUCCUGUUAGGGGGCUGCAGUGAGUGAAUUCCUAAAAGCAUUCUUGUCUUUCAUAGUUGUAUGUUUCUUCAUUGAAGCAAACAUAUUGCAAGAUGAAUGUUGUCGUUUCAACAUGGCUUGGAUCAGGAGUUGCAUCAACAAUAAUACUUUGGCUAGUGCUACAUAAAUAAAAUUAUGUAAAAUAAAAUAAGAAUAAUAUUAUUAUUAUUACUGAAUGCUCUCCCAUCAGAUGUCAAGGAGACAAGUAGCUAUACUACCUUUAGAAGACAUCUGAAGGCAGCCCUGUAUGGGGACGUUUUAAUGUUUAAUGUUUUGUUACGCUUUUAUAUAUGUUGGAAGCCACCCAGAGUGGCUAGGGCAACCCAAACAGUUGGGUAGGGUACAAAUUGUUGUUGCUGUAUUGUCCUUUAUAGGCAAAUUUGCUCAUUUUACACCUCCAGUUGUGUCUUCAUUGUAUGUCAGGAGGUAAAGCCCAUUGUAAAGCAAGACUUGCAAAAUAAUUGUUAUAGACGCUGAAAAGCAAAUCUUUUUAGUACAUAACUUUUUUGAAGAUCGUAUCUAGAAAUUCUGUAAAACAAGGAAAGUGAAAAAGUGUUUCUGAUUAGCCUUUUGACAAUUCACAUUUUUUUAUUAGGAAAAAGAAAGAGAACUGGAUGCAAAAAAUAUAUAUGCUAAUCGGAUGUUAAAAGUUUCACCCAAAAAAGAUGUUGAUUCUGCACCAAGGAAAAAAGGUAAACGCUUUCUGGAAAGUUUUAUAAGCAAAUCUAUUGGACAAGCUGAGUUUCAGGGGUCAUAUAAGUCAAUAAUGAUCAACGCCUCCAGUAUUUCUGGAAUUUUGACCCCACAAUUUAUCCUUUCAAUGUUUAGGUUUUUUUUUUAAUCAAAAUGAUAUUUAUCCUGAAGUGGCACAAUUAAAAAUUCAAUGAAUGUCAUUGUAUGGCAAGAAUAUACUUAAAAGAAGAAUGAAGUCUAGUGUGGUAAUGAAUGAGAUGGGCUGACACAUCAAGAGGUUUGAGUUUUGAAUACAUUGGUUUUGAUAGGGAAUGAAAACUAGCCUCCAAAGAUAUGUAACUUUUCCCCUUUAUAGCUCCAAAUUCCAUUAUACAUUUUCUAAUAUGUGGGCUUUGAGUUGUAUCCAGUGGUGUUGCUCAGCUAAGGCUUCCAUCAGUGAAACAGCGAGAGCACCAACUUUUGGUGAUUCCUCCUUCUCCCUGCAAAACCCUUCAUCUGCCCUGGAGGGUCCCCCAACACUCUACAGCAGAUUUUUGGGAGAGGGGGGUGUACUUGAAAAUUGCUCCCCUUAUUCCACAGACAGACGGCUGACUAUCAGGUUAGUACAGUUGUAACUUGGAUCUCAAACGCCCUGGAACUUGGAUGUUUUGGCUCCUAAACGCUGCAAACCUGGAAGUGAGUGUUCCAGUUUGUGAACGUUCUUUGGACCCAGAUGUCUGACAGGGCUUCCGUGGCUUCCGAUUGGCUGCAGGAGCUUCCUGCAGCCAAUCAGAAGCUGCGCUUUGGUUUCCAAACGUUUUGGAAGUCGAACGGACUUCCGGAAUGGAUUCCGUUCUACUUCCAAGGUAUGACUGUAUAUGUUUAAGACCUUCAGAUGACUGAGGAAACACAGGCCUUCAUGUUAGACUGUUUAAAAUUAAUCUAUUUUAAAAGUGAUGUGAAUUGAGCAUUCAUCUAUUUACAGCUUCUAAUAAGAAUACUAAACGAGAAGUACAGAUAACUAAAGGAGUCCAGACUACUGGAUGCUCUUCUCCAGUAGAAUUUCCUCAACCACCAGACUUUAUUUCUGAUGGAAUACCAGAGGAAAAGGAAGAUGAUGCACAUCUCAGAAUGGUGAGUUUAGCCCGCAUUCUGCAAAUCACUGUUCCCAGUGCAAUAAGGAUAAGUUCCUAAAGGGUGGUUGAAAAUGAACCUUGUUAUCCUUUGUACCUGGGGUGAAGGUAACGCAGACUGAAAGUAUGAGUUUGUUAAUGAGAGGACUCCCAAACAGUGUAAAGGACAAAUUCAGGAUUGGUCCAGUCUCCAGGGGUCACCUGCUAGUGGUGGACAUGGCCAAAAGGAGCUGUGCCCUCUCAUAGACAUGCCCCACGCAUACAGCUCAGAGCAUACAUUUUCCUUCACACACACGUAGGCACAGAGGCCUCUCUCUCAUGCACAUACCACACUCAUCUCCAUCCCAUCACUGGGCUCAGAGAAGAUGUUUAAACCUCUGCUCUCUGCCCAGCACUGAGCUGAAGAAGGAAGAUUGGAGCUGGCUGACCACUUUAAAAGCCUUGUGCAGUGAGGGAGCUCAUCCAGCCUGUGGGUUGUGCAUUCAGCACCCUUACACUGAUGGGGGAGAAUAAUAAUAAUUGAAUGUUUGGAUUAGAUAUAAUCCUCUCCCUUGUUGCUGAAGAAAUGCCCUGGAGUUCACAGGUUUUUGCCCCCCCCCCCCAACCCCCCACCCCCAAAAAACCAUUUUCAUGUGUGAUCCAGAUACUGAAAAUGUUAUCACUGCCUUCAGGAUGUUGUACUGUGGGAUGGAGGAGAACAUGGGUGGAGAAGCAAAAGGGGAUGGACAGAGUACACUGCAUAUUAGAAAACAGAAAAGGAAAGAGAGACUGUCCCAUCUCUUUUUUUCCAUAGGCUCUUAAGUGUACCAUGUCAGUGUUUGAAUUCUCCUUUCAAAACUGACUCCAGGAGCAAUGAGCUGGAGCUGUUUUAUGUUUUUAAAAAACCACUGCUGUAUAUUUUGAUGCUACAGUGGUAUAUAAAUAUAUAAAUUAGUGUUGUGAGCACGUCCAGUGGUAAGUGAGUGGAGGAUUUGCCCUGAAGAAACAGUAGGUUUGGGGAAAAGUUGAACAGUCUGUUUCUUCACUGUUUCCCCUGUGAGGUCUUUUAUUUGUUUUGAGGAUCAGGCUCUGUGCAGCUAUGAUAUGAUGCCAAAGUUUCCAUUAGUGGAAAUUAAUAUAAUGCCAUUGAAUCGACUGGCUAUAGCAUAUCCUUUUCCAAAUAUCUUUUAAAAAAAAUAAUCCUUCAGGCAGCAUUCACCUAACCAGACCUGUCAACGGAAGCCCUGCACAAGGACUUCUGCUUGCUCAAUGGGGCUUCUCCCCUCUCCUCCCUUGCUCCCGUGCCCUAAAAAUUGGUUUUGCAAGGGCACACAAGGGAGGGGGUACUGUUUGAUCAGGCACGCCUACACAGAUGGAACAGCAGGAAGAAUGUGAUGUUAUAUUCCCCCCCUUCAAUUCUAUAUUUAAAACUUCCUACAGGAACGGUCAAUUAAAGACUGGAAAGAACAAACAGAACGCUUCAAGGAAGAGCAGAGCAGAGAAAGAGAGGAAAGACUGAAAAGUGAUCAAGAACUGCAGGCAUUGGAAGAGAGAGCCAAGAAACUAAGAGAUGGUAAGAAAAUGCACUUAAAUUUGCAACCGGAGGCUGCCAUCCUAUCCACUUUUCACUUGGACAUAAGGCUCUGUGAACUGAAUAAGACUUACUGCUUACUCUGAGUAAACAUGUACAUGAUUGCGCUUUCUUUUAGUAGGCAGGAUAUUAAUUCAUAUGUGAAACACUUCUUGCUAGUAAGCAUAGGAAAUUUUAUUUUUCUUGAAGAAAAUAAAACGUGUGAUUCUUAGUAUUUAUUGGCUGUGCUGCUUGUGAAAAAAUUAUGGGCUGUGUUCAAAAUAGUCCUCUUUGCGGGCGGAACAACAUACGCCAUCCAGUGGGGCUUGUUUUUCCUCCCCCGCCCCCUGCAUACCUUCCAAAUCUGUUCUGAUCUAUUCUUUGAGGUAGAUUUGUGGACAACACAGAGUACAUACAAGGAGGAGGGAGCCCUAUUUUACCAGCAGAAGUCAUUCUGCUCACACAUUUUUUUUAGCCCUGUUCCUUCUCAGAUUAUGCUGAGUUCUCAUGUUCUGCAUUUAUUUAAAGGAGUGCAAAAAGGUAAAUAAACAUGCCAUUAACAUUUUGUUUUUUCAUUUCAUACAAGAGUUGUCCUUUGGAAUUAUAUUUCCCUUUAGAAAGGGUAGUGUUAAGCUUCAAUACAGGAAACUUGUGUUUUUUGUGCAUUGUGGAGGGAUAUUUUUAUCAACAGUGACAGGUGAGUUGUUUCAGUACCAACACAGUCUAGGUCACUGCAUUUGUGGAACAAUUUUGCUCCAGCUUUCAGUUUAUGCGUGUACAAUGCCACUGAAGUUAAACCUGAGAAAUGUGUGCAGAACCAAGUGCAAUUAUUGGUUGUGGGAGGCUAUCAGGCAUGGUGAAGCCCACGUAUGUUCCCCAUACCUGCUGUGUCAUGGCACAUGGGCUCAAGCAUGUUUAACUAAACAUGGGGUUCCAACCUCACUGCACAAUUCUCAAAAAUCGACCAAAACUCCAGUAAAAAAGUAGAGCUGGGGGGGGGGGGUGAGCUUUAUAUGAUGUUAAGUUUUCAAGUGGAAAUAGUAUUUCACCUGGUUCACAGACUACAGAGUAAAUGGAGUUCUUUUGCAUUUGGACUCUGAACUCUCAUCAGCCCCAACCAGCAUUGACAAAGGUCAGAGAUGUUGGGAGUUGGAGUCCAACAAUUUAUGCAGGGCCACAGGCUCCUCAUCCCGGAGUUGUAGGGAUAGUUGUAGAUCAUUUGCAAAAGCUUGAUGGUGACAACAUUGUCAGGACUGGUCGUUGUCCUCUUCAGAUCACCACACAAACGCUUCUUGUUCUUUUAUAACUUUUUAUUGUGUAUUAACAAAAUAAUCUUAUAAACAGUUCUUAACUAUUAUUCCUCAGAGUCACUUAUUUCAGAUACCUUCUGAGCUCUGCUUCUCCAUGACCAGCCACCCUCAAAAUGGCGAAGGCGCCUUUCCCUUCGUUUUCCCGCUCUUUUUUCUAACCUCCUGGCUAGAGCUGGCCUGUAUCUCCCCUCCUCCGAAUCUGAGCUAAAACUUAACCCUUGCCUUUCCUGUGAACAGCCGGUCCCUCCCUGAUGUUCCUCUUGCUCCCUUCUAUUAGAUUCACUGCUCUCCCUCCCCCCUUGGGGAAUGCUUUCUCCCUCUGAUAAACUGGAAACUUCUAACUCUUCCCUGACAAACAUCAGUCAACACUGAGCUUUAUAUAAUUGUUUGAACUCAAAGGGGAAUGGAAUUCUGUAAAAUAAGCAAGUACGCCUUGGGUUAUUUAGAAACCAAGAAUGUGUUUCAUUGUAAGUCAUUCACAAAGGUGACUUACAUAAUAAUACAUCAUUCUAAGUCAAUGUUGUUGAUGCUUUAACCCACAGAAUGGGAGAAGGAAGAAUCUGAGAGAAAAAAGAGGGAAAAUAGUCUUCUGCCGGAAAAAGAAGAAAAAGCAAAAAUGGAGACAGACAUAUAUAGUUUGGGAAAUGGGAUGCAAAAUAAUGAAAGCGAAGAAGAGGAAAGACGGAAGGCAAUUCUGCUUUCUAAGAUGUAUGAAAUUGACAAGGAAACGCAGAUCAAUAUAAAAGUUACUUCACAGGAGCACACUUCGGAGACGGCAACUAUACCAUAUUCCUUGGAAAAAAGUAAGAGGCCGUACCAGAGCUCAGAAGCAACUGAGAAAUUAUUCAAUGGUUUUCUGGAAUAUGGCCAGCACAAUACGGCUACGAAAGGAGAAAUCCAGAAACAGCAAAAUAUAGAGACCACAAGCCCAAGCAGCAAUUUGACAUUUGGUUGCUAUGUACCUUCUUUUGGGAAAGUAUCAGGGAGGCCAAGUUGGGCUAAUCAAAAAAGUGACUUCCUUGACGAACCCACUAAGGAAGACUUGGGUCUCCACACAAAGAGAGAUAAAAAGGCCAACUUAAUGGAGCAGCUGUUUGGAAGCGGUGCCAGCACCAUCACUCCACCUAAGAAAAAUGAUUUGGGUACUUUCCGACAAGACAGCGGCCCAAACAAUGGUUUCCAGGAUAAAGGCUCUACGGUCAAUGUAAAAGACGACGGCGAUCUUUUCUUCAGUGAAGGGAAAAACUUCAAUCCCAAAAGGCACCGACUGCAGCACACAGCAAGCAGACCAGCAGUGAAGGCUUUUGAUUACUUGGAAGACGAGAUUGAGGAAGUACUGUUGCAAUGAUUAUAUUCUGCAAAAGUCCAUAUGUGUAAAGAGUACAUGUAUUUAAUGCGCUAUUUAUAGUUUUUAAAACUUUUCAGAUAUCGUUAUAAAUAUGAAGUGACUGAAAAUAUAUAUGUGGGGGGAAAUGGGAUAUGUAGCCUGAUGUGUCAUCAAGAACGCAGCUUUUUUAUCUAGGGUGCCCUAAGCAAUUGAAAGUGGUGACUGAUAUAGGUAUACCAAUCUGUUAUAUCUGUUGGGUUUCUUAGCACAAUCCUACCCAGUCUAUUCAGUAUUCUCUGCCCGCCCACCUUCAUAAUAAUCUCCCCAUUUUCUCUAGAUAUUUUCCAUCCUUCAGUUUUAAAUGUACACAGCUUGGUGGCACAGUGAGUCAGGGUGCUUCUGCGUGACAUCAUUAGCAAUACAUUUUGCAUGUGGCCACAAAAAGAAAUAGCUGAAAUUCCUUUCUCCCCCCCCCCCCCGCCCGCCAAAGUAAUAAAGUAGUUUCCAUCACUACUCUUCUUUAAAUUGUUUCUCUAGGGCUACAAAUGACUUUAACCAGUUCUGAGGGCAAUUUUAAUCCUCCCCCUGUACCAUCAGGGAAGGGAGUCUCUGCUAUGGUGAGUCUCCCAAGUAGUAUAGUUUCAAUACAGCAGAGGUUAAAUGCAAACAUUUUGUUGAACUAAGAAAUGAGAACAAUUCAAAGGAGACGGCAUAUUAUGACUUUUCAACCCAUCAGCUUGUUCAUCUGGUCUUGCAUAAUAAGCCUAAAUAUUGAGAAAAGCAAUACCGAUGCUAUUUUUCUUAUAAUAGAAGGGAAUCUGAUUUUGUCAUUCAGUCAAAUAGAAUGUAGGACUUGAUGGGACUCUAGAUAAUUUCGUAAUUUCUCACCACCUGUUGGAAUGCGUAUGAGAAAAUGGUUUAAUGGUGAAGUGAAAAAGUGUUGCCACAUUUUAGGUUAACCUAGCACUUGCUUAAUUUGUCAUCAGCCACACUCCGGCAUAUCACACCAAUCCCAUUAACAAGCCUUCUCUGUUGUAAAUGGGCUGCAGAUUGCAGCCAUGAGCACAGUCCACUUAAUGAAGUGGACUUGUCCGACACAACCUUGUGCAGUUGUUCUUAGUGGAUUUAUUAAAUAAUGCCUGAUGUGAUAUCCAGUGGUGGCUGUCGGAGGAUGGAAGAGAAUUAGUCAAUGGAACUGGAAGGAAGGCAAUUAUUUGCAGUCAACUUCUCUUGUACAGUACACAGCUCUCCUUCUAAAUCUGUUCCAGGGCAUCCUCCAACCCCCCUGGAGCAGACUUCAGGACGGCACUGAAAGGGGUACAAGUGACUGCUGAAAAUUGCUUCUGUCCUCUUUCUAACAGAUUCCUUUCCAUCAGCAGGCGGUUAGCCUGCAACGCCAUAAUGGAAAAUACUAUAAUAUUUGAGCAAAUAAAUGGGAUUUGUUUUAAUACUUAGUUUUUGUUCACUUUCAAAACUUUAAUGUUUAUAUGAGACUUAUGAAGAUCUAGUGCUAUGGCUGGUAAAAAUGUACAUUUGGCUGUGUCACUUAGUUUUAAUUUCAGUUCUUUGGUUGUGUAAAAUGCUCCGAUCAUACUACUUAUAUGGAACAUUUUGAAUAGGAAGCAAUCUAAAAACAUCAGCAAAAGAAUUGGUUAGCAGCAGUCCAGAUCUCAACUUAAAUACAUCUGUUGGACUUGCACUAUUGUCCAGCUAAAGCAACGCACCAACUUCACCUUUUGGGGCUGUUUUUAUUUUGGCUAUAGACAAUUGUCCCAAUCUAGAGAACAUAGUUGAGUUGGGUCAGAUCCACAUAAAGUGCAAAAAGCUGUUGAGAGAUGGAAAAUAGCCUGUUCACUUUGGUGUGCAUGUAGAACUCUGCCACCCUGAAGCUUUUGACCUCCUUAGGCCUGUCAGAGGCUUUAUGAGCACUUGCAGUUGAGUCUCCUAGCGAUGAUAAGGAGGAUGCUUCAGCCUCUGAUGGCAACUGUUGAGUAGGAGAGAGGGACAGGGACUAAAACUAGGUGCCUCUGUGGCCCCGCUCCCCUUGCAUGCAUCCAUCUAAACAGAUAACUCAAGCUGUCAGUGACUUUGUUGGGGCAAGAGAUAUUGAGUAAGUGCUCACAGACAGACGAAAGGAAUACUGGUGUUCUAGAAUGAGGUUAAAGGCAAUGCAAAGAAGAAAAACACUAUCAUUUGCUACAGAAUCAAAUUAGGAAACAAUUCCACAGUGAGAAACAGUAACUGUCCAUUUGGUUCAUGGCUAUUACGCUAUGUAGCUACCAGUUGCCAUUUUCGUUUUUGCUGGCUAACCUGGAUUUUUAAAAGAUGCCAUCUUUGCUUGACGCAAGUCGUGGGUCCGUACAGCUCCAAAGUACCCUCCGGUUUUUGCCAAUCUCCUCAGCUACUAGUUUAGUUGCCAGGAUUUUUGAAACCUUGUGGGAAAGACCACAGCGGAUUUUUGGGGCAGCGCAAAUAGCUAUUGUGGAGGUUUGAUUUUAGUAUUCUGCUCUGCAAUAUAGAUGGAGCUUGACCAUUUCAAAGUUUCCAGUCGGAAUCUCAGCAGACGUUGUAAGUCCAUCUUGACAUUUGUUUGUGAUCCGCCUGUGAGAGCUGGUGGGAACUUUUGACAAGUGUUUCGCUGUGGUCUUCCACGUGUCAUCUGUUGGCACCCCCUUGUGCAGCAGCUUCAGGGUCCCAGCAGCUGACGUGUGGCCUGUAGCCUGGAGAGGGAGCUUCUUAGCACUGAAAACCUUUGCAUUUCUAAUGCAACACUAAAGGGCGAUAAUGUUUUUUCUUGUAAUAUAAAACAAAGCAUUUUUAUGAUUCAGAAGAAAAUAGUAUGUAUUUUAAAAGAAUUGUUUUAGAGCUAAUGCUAUAAAAAUAUUACCAUCUGUACUGAUUUUUAAUAUCUAUUUAUUAUGUAAUGUUUAAUUUGUUUUUAUAACUUUAUAUUUUGUGUCAAAAGUUCUACCUUGGAACAAUGCUUGGGUGUUUUUUUUAACAGAAUGAUUUAUAUUAAAAUAUUUCUGUG